AAGGAAUGUUUAGCCCUUCGUGAGGUUAGGUUGGAGAUUGAGGCUAUUAAUACCAGGAUCACCAAUAGCCUCACAACAGGUUUUCAAACUUGUGGAAUACUAAAUUCUACAGGAGUUAGAGAAAGUUCAUCAUCAACUUCUAUGGCUGAGAGGCAGCGACAAUUAAGGCGAUCCUAUACCCAUAUUGUUGAGGAGGAUGUUGUCGGCACAGAAGAAGAUGUAAAAGCAGUAGUGGAUCUUUUGGUGAAGGAGAAUACAAAUUAUAGAGUUGUUUCCAUUUGGGGGAUGGGUGGUCUUGGCAAGACCACCCUUGCCAAGACGGUUUACAAACGCAUUGAAAUUACGCGUCAUUUUGACUAUGUUGCUUGGGCCUAUAUAUCUCAACAAUGCAAUAUAAGGGAAGUUCUUGAAGGGAUUCUUGUCAAACUUCUCACUCCAUCAAAGAAAGAAAGGAAAGCAAUUGGAAAGUUGAAUCAUGAUGAGCUAGUCAAGAAACUUCAUCAAGUCCAAAGUGAGAAUAAAUGUUUGGUGAUUCUCGAUGACAUUUGGAAGGAUGCGGAUUGGGAUAGUUUGAGUCCAGGCUUCCCAAAUACUACAGAGGUAGGCAGCAAAAUAUUGCUAACAACUC